AUGGCCGCUGGCCAUACCCGAAACUCAGAUUCCUGGAGGGGAGCCGCCCCGUGGGAUCCGCCGUUCGCCGGCGUUGUCCACGGGGUCUGGACCCUUCAUCCGAGGGCCACAUGCCGCAGCCUGCCAGCGCCUUCACGGGCGUCUGGUCGGAUCAACUGCGUGCGGACUGGUGCUGAGGAGUUUAGUGGGGGCAAUUGGAUGGUUUCAGCGUCCCCCCGGUACGCCGGGGGUGCCGCCGCAACCGGGCGCCUCGUGCGCCCCUUCCAUUUAACUACAUUCUACCCCCUCGGGGGUCUGGGCUCCCGGGACUCCCCCGCCGCAAGGCGGGUGGGCCCCCGGGACGUCUUGCCAUGA